AUGGGAAGUUACUUCAGCUUGGCCCAAUGGCAGGAGCUUGAACUUCAGGCAUUGAUCUUCAGGCAUAUGUUAGCUGGUGCAGCUGUUCCUCCUGAACUCCUCCACCUAGUCAAGAAAAGCCUUCUCAAUACUCCAUAUUACCUCUCCAACCCUCUUCCUCACUACCCCUAUUACCAGCCAGCUUUGCUACAACCAGGUUAUUGGGGAAGAGCUGCCAUGGAUCCGGAGCCCGGCCGGUGCCGGAGGACUGACGGAAAGAAAUGGAGGUGCUCAAGAGAUGUGAUGGCUGGGCACAAGUACUGCGAGCGCCACAUGCACCGUGGCCGGAACCGUUCAAGAAAGCCUGUGGAAAUCCCCACACCCACCACCGCCGUUCACGGUGGUACUGGUAAUGGUGGUGGUGGAGUCCUCAAAAUCAACAACCCCGUUGUUUCUCAGCCCCUAACCGCCGUGGCUGGUGGUAACAACCAUUUUGGGCUUUCUGUGCCUUCACCUUCCAUGGAUCUCCUCCACUUCCAUCAAAGGCCCUUGGAGUCAAAAACUGAAAACAUGGGUCUACUUAGAGGACCCCAAAAUGAGGUAUCUGAGGACGGCAAAUCCAAUGGUGGAGUCCUUCGCCAUUUCUUCGAUGAUUGGCCAAGAUCACUUAAUGAAACUGACAAUGCUGAAAGCAAUGGUAGCUCCGUGGCUUCGGCCACCAACCUCUCCAUUUCGAUCCCGGGAAACCCCUUGUCCGACUUCUCAUUGAAACUGUCCACUGGUACUACUACUAAUGGAGAUGAAGCAGGGCCUCAAGAGGGCAAUGUAGGACGAGAGAGACCCCAUUUGAAUUGGGCUGCAGCAUGGGGGUCGAACCAGGUGGCUCCAAUGGGUGGACCAUUGGCUGAAGCAUUGAGAUCAUCAACCUCCAAUUCGUCGCCGACUAGCGUUCUACAUCAGUUGCAGCGCCGCUCUGCGUCGGAGGCGAGCUAUGUCAGCACCUGA